CCUGGCCAGAGAUUCAAAUUAUCCAACUGUACAGAACUCAUCUGUGAGGGAAACAACAAAGUUAUAGUAAAUCAAACAGUGUGUCCACCUAUAAAGGAAAUUACCUGUGCAAACAAAUAUCCAGCAGUAUUGGUACCUGAUGAAAACGGAUGCUGUUACCAUUAUGAGUGUCAAUGUGUCUGCAGCGGAUGGGGUGAUCCUCAUUAUAUUACUUUUGAUGGAACCUACUAUACUUUCCUUGAAAACUGCACUUAUGUUCUGGUGAAACAGAUUGUGCCUAAAUAUGACAACUUCCGUGUUCACAUUGAGAAUUACUACUGUGAUUCAAAAGAUGGACUUUCCUGUCCUAAAUCCAUUAUUAUUUUCUACAAAUCUGCAACAGUGAAGCUGACCCGUGAACUCCUGAAUGGUGUGAUGACAAAUGUGAUGUACUUCAACAAUAAGAUUGUCCAACCAGGCUUUCACAAAGAUGGCAUUUAUUUCUCCACACUUGGUAUCAAUAUGAUUGUAGAAAUACCAGAGAUUGGUGCAACCAUCACCUUCAGUGGGCUGAUCUUUUCUGUGAAACUUCCGUACAGCAAAUUUGGCAACAAUACUGAAGGACAAUGUGGAACGUGUACAAAUAACAAAAAAGAUGAAUGUCGCUUGCCAAGUGCAUACAACUGUCCAGCAAACAUGGUAUACAAGCCAUGUGGGUCCAUUAAUCCUGCUACCUGCAGCCAAAGCCAGGAGAAAAAUGGACAAAAAAUUGCCAGGAAUGUGUCUGUGACAGAUUUACUCUCAGAGUGUAUUGUACAAAAUACGAAUGUCCUCUGCCACAGCAAGUAUCUUGUUCUGAACCAGGAUACAUGCCUGUUCAGACACAGAUACCAGAAGAUCCAUGCUGUACCAGGACUGAGUGCUGUAAGACAUGGCUGUGUAGUCAAUGAAACCUACUAUGCGCCUGGAACUGUGAUCCCAUCAGGCCCCUGUGAAAGCUGCACCUGCUCCAAAUCCUCUUAUUCAAGCCCUCAGAAGUUUGCUGUCAAGUGCCAGCCUGUUACCUGUGACACCUACUGUCCAGUGGGUUACAAGUAUACAGAGGAACCUGGAAAGUGCUGUGGCACAUGCAAGGCUGAAGCCUGCAUAGUGGUCAUGGAAGACAACACUACACACGUACUUAAGAUUGGAAAAUUCUGGAGCCCACCUGGUAAUAACUGUACAACUUACACAUGUGAAAAAUACAAUGGCCAGUUCAUUACAGUCAUAUCAAAGAAAAGCUGUCCCGCCUUCAACCCGGAUCUCUGUGAACCUGACAGCAUCAGGCUAUCAGAUGAUGGCUGCUGUAGAGUGUGCUCGAUCCCACCAUCAGUUUCAUCUGAGGUGAAAAUCAUCCAGCAAACAUCAACAAAUCCAGUAAUAACACCUUCCAACCCUGCUCACAAUGGCCGUGUAUGCAGCACAUGGGGCAACUUCCACUUCAAGACUUUUGAUGGAGACAUCUUCUACUACCCUGGGCUCUGCAAUUAUGUUUUUGCAUCCCAUUGCAACGCUCCCUAUGAAGAGUUCAACAUCCAGAUUAGGCGUACCCUUGUGGAAAAUAUUCCAACAAUUCACCGCAUUGCCAUAAAACUUGAAGGGGUAGCUGUUGAACUAACAAAGGAUGUUGUCCUGAUCAACAGCAACAAAGUUCAACUGCCAUACAGUCAAGCUGGAAUUACUAUAGAGAGAAGCAGCAUUUAUGUGAAAGUUGUCAGCAAAGCGGAUAUUGUAUUUAUGUGGAAUCAACGUGACAGUAUCCUGUUAGAACUGCAUGAGAAAUAUGCCAAUCAGACCUGUGGUCUUUGUGGGGACUUCAAUGGCAUUCCAGUUUACAAUGAGUUCUAUUCAAACAAUAUCAGAAUGACAGCCUUACAGUUUGGGAAUAUGCAGAAAAUGGAUGGGCCUACAGAGUACUGUGAAGACCCAACUCCUUCCCCACCAGAUAAUUGCACAUAUAACUUCGAUGACAUAUGUCAAAAAACAUUGACCAGCUUUGCAUUUGCAGACUGUAAUGGCCUGGUUAAUGUUAGUGAGUACAUUAUGGCUUGCCAAGAAGACUUGUGCCGCUCUGAGGAGUUAAAAAAUGCCUCAUGUAUCUGUGAUACUAUUGCUGAAUACUCCCGGCAGUGUGCUCAUGCUGGUGGGGAACCUUUGAACUGGAGAACCUCAAAAUUGUGCCCCAAGACAUGUCCUUACAAUAUGCAGUAUUCGGAGUGCAGCUCCCCCUGCACUGACACAUGCACUAAUCCUGAACGAUCUCAGUUUUGUGAAGAGCACUGUAUGGAUGGUUGUUUCUGCCCCCAAGGAACCGUUUUUGAUGACAUAAACAAUUCUGGCUGCAUCUCCCGUCAGCAGUGUUCCUGUAUUUACAAUGGCAACACUUAUGCUCCAGGAACUUCUUUCUCAGAGCAGUGCCAUUCCUGUACAUGUAAUGGAGGCAAAUGGAAUUGCGAAGAUAUGUCAUGUCCAGGAAUAUGUUCCGUAGAAGGAGGCUCGCACAUUUCGACAUAUGAUAAAAAGCAUUAUGAUGUCUAUGGAGACUGCACUUACGUCCUUUCUAAGCACUGUGAAGAUGAAAUAUUCACUAUCCUGGUGGAACUACGCAAGUGUGGCAUGACAAACACUGAAACGUGCUUAAGGACAGUGACCCUCAGCUUGAAUAAAGGACAAACGCUCAUUGAGGUCAAAACUGAUGGUGGUGUGUUUGUGAACUCAAUCUACACCCAGCUGCCAAUCUCAGCAGCCAAUGUCACUAUCUUUAGACCUUCAUCAUUCUUCAUCAUCAUGCACACAAACAUUGGUAUCCAGGUUGAAAUCCAGAUCACACCCAUCAUGCAAAUGUUUGUGCGAUUGGACCCUGUGUUCAAAGACCAAACCUGUGGCCUUUGUGGAAAUUUCAAUAAUGUCCAAACUGAUGACUUUAAGGCCAUAAGUGGAGUAAUUGAAGGAACAGCAGCAGCAUUUGCUAAUACAUGGAAAACUCAGGCUUCUUGCCCUGAUAUCCAGAACAGUUUUGAGAACCCUUGUGCACUCAGCAUCGAUAAUGAAAAAUAUGCUCAGCAUUGGUGUGGACUACUAACUAACAGAGAAGGACCUUUUGCUGAUUGUCACUAUCUACUGAAUCCCUCUACUUACUACACGAACUGCAUGUUUGACACGUGUAACUGUCAAAACAGUGAGGGCUGUCUAUGCGCAGCCCUUUCUUCCUAUGUGAGAGCUUGUGCUGCAAGAGGAAUCCAAAUAAAUGGAUGGAGGACUAAUGUCUGUUCAAAGUACAGCACCUCAUGUCCCAAAUCCCUAAGUUACAGCUAUACCAUCGAUUCAUGCCAACCCACAUGUCGCUCUCUAAGUGAGCCUGAUGUCACAUGCAAAAUUAAGUUUGUCCCAGUUGAUGGCUGCACCUGCAUAAAUGGAACCUACAUGGAUGAAAGUGGCAAAUGUGUGCCUGCUAAUGAAUGCCCCUGUUACUACCGAGGAUCUCCCAUACCACUUGGAGAAGUUGUCCGUGAAAAUGGGCUUGUGUGCACUUGCAUCCAGGGAAGACUGAAUUGCAUUGGAGAACCCGAUCAAAUUCCAGUUUGUGAAUCUCCCAUGUUCUACUUAGACUGUAGAAACAACACAGCAGGAACAACUGGAUCAGAGUGUCAAAAAAGCUGUCAGACUCUGGAUAUGCAGUGUUAUAGCACACAGUGUGUAUCUGGCUGUGUGUGCCCAUCUGGGCUUGUGUUAGAUGGGAAAGGUGGUUGUAUUCCUGAAGAGGAAUGUCCAUGUAUUCACAAUGGAGCCAUGUAUCAACCUGGGGAAAAGAUCAAUGCUGACUGUAAUACCUGUGUGUGCAAGGAUAGGAUGUGGGAAUGCACCAAAAAACAAUGCCUGGGUACGUGCGCUGUUUACGGAGAUGGACAUUAUACCACCUUUGAUGACCAAAGGUUCAGCUUCAAUGGAAACUGUGAAUACACACUAGUCCAGAACCACUGUGGGAAGAGUGACACAGUGAAUGGGACCUUCCAGGUUAUCAGUGAAAAUAUUCCCUGUGGCAGCACUGGGACAACUUGCUCAAAAUCUAUCAAAGUUUUCUUAGAGCACUAUGAACUGAUACUCAGUGAGGAGCGCGUCAGUGUGAUAAAGAGAGGACAAAGUGGUGAAGUACCAUUCACAGUCCGUUAUAUAGGUAUGUACACAGUGAUUGAUACCACCAGUGGACUGAUCCUCAUGUGGGACAAGAAAACCAGCAUCUUCAUCAAGCUGAGCCCUGAAUUUAAGGGUCAGAUCUGUGGCCUCUGUGGAAAUUAUGAUGGCAAUGGCAUCAAUGACUUCACUACAAGGAGUCUGUCUGUAGUGGAGAAUGUCCUGGAGUUCGGAAAUAGCUGGAAAGUAUCCUCCACAUGUCCUGAUGCUAACUUUGUAAAGGACCCAUGCUCUACCAACCCUUAUCGAAAGUCCUGGUCAGAGAAGCAGUGUAGCAUCAUCAACAGCAAUGUCUUUGCUGCCUGUCACUCACAGGUUGAACCAGCAAGAUAUUAUCAAGCAUGUGUGACAGAUGCUUGUGCCUGUGACUCUGGAGGAGACUGUGAUUGUUUUUGUACAGCAGUAGCUGCCUAUGCUCAAGCAUGUAAUGAAGUUGGUGUCUGUAUAGCCUGGAGAACCCCUUCAAUUUGUCCACUGUUCUGUGAUUACUAUAAUCAACAAGGAGAAUGUGAAUGGCACUAUAAGCCUUGUGGAGCCUCCUGUAUGAAGACCUGUAAGAACCCAAGUGGGAAAUGCCUCCAUAACUUGCCAGGUUUAGAAGGCUGCUACCCCAACUGCCCAUCAGACAAGCCAUAUUUUCAUGAGGAUCAGAUGAAAUGUGUCAGUCUCUGUGACUGUUAUGAUAAUGAAGAUGGAAAGAUAUAUAUGCGGGAUAAAUGUCAGUUAUGCGAGUGCACAUCAGAAGGUUUACAGUGCAAGUUUGAUGAUAAAGGACCGACAAUAAUCUUAUCAAUUACAGCAUGUAACUGCGUAUAUGAAAACAACACCUAUAAAUAUAAUGAACUCAUCUACAACACCACAGAUGGAAGUGGAUGGUGUUUCCGUGCAACAUGUGAUGUCAACGGAACAAUAAACAGAAAUAUAUUUGAAUGUGGAAUCACAACCCCAAGUACCGUGUUUACAUUUUCUACCAGUCAACCUACAACAGGUAUGCAUGAAAUGGCAACCACAACACCAGCAAAAAGUGUAUGCGUGAAGUAUGUAUGUGAGUGGUCAGAAUGGUAUGAUGGGACAGAGCUUGAAAAUGAAGAAGAAACAUUUCAAAAUGUCACAGGAAAAGGAAAAAGCACUUGUAAUAACAUGAGCAGCAUUGAAUGCAGAGUACAGGAACAGUCAAAUAAGACAAUAAACUAUCUUAACCAAAAGAUACAGUGCAAUAAAACCACUGAAUUAAAAUGCAAUAACGAAGACCAAGAAGAUAAGAAAUGCUACAAUUACCAAAUCAGACUAUUAUGCUGUAAUUAUGUAUCAUGUUCAGAAAUAACAACAACACCACCAAGACAAACACAACAAACUACGUCCACACCUACCGAAACAACAACAGUUCCAAUACAGACAAAGAUUAAACCAACAACGACACAUAUAGGAACCAAACCACAAGAAAAAGAAAUAACGACAAUAUCAACACCUACCAGCAGUGCCAGUACCACUAAGACGUCAGUCCAUCCAACAGAAAGUACAACCACCAUCGCAUCAACAACUGCAGGGACCACAACACCUACAACCAGUGCCAGCACGACCAAAACCACACCCCCAUCAACAGAAGAAACGACCACCAUUUCUUCCACAAGUGCAGGGACCACCACACCUACCUCCAGUGCCAGCACCACCAAGACCACUCCUCUUACAACAGGGAGCACAACCACCAUCACCACCUCAACCACCACUGCUAUCACCACCACUCUCCCCCCACGCAGCUGCCAGCCACGCUGUACCUGGACGCAGUGGUGUACGACCACCAUUUCUUCCACAACUGCAGGGACCUCUGUACCCACUAGUAGUGGUAGCACCACGACAACGUCACCUCCUCCAACAAAAAGUACGACCACCAUUGCAUCCACAAGUGCCAGGACCACCGUACCUAGCAGCAGUGCCAGCACCACCAAGACCACUCCUCCUGGAGCAGGGACCACGACCACCAUUGUCACCACCACACCCUCAGUGCCCAGCUCCCCCACCAGUCCUGUCACCACCUUGUCCUCAACUAGCGCCAUUCCAGCAACUUCACCCACUGAACAAACCCAGCCAACAGCAAAACCCACUACUGUCUCUCCUGUUCCCACAUCUUCUGAGACCACCACCACAAGCACUACGGGAUUCACCAGGACCACCAGCCCUCUGCCAACAGGUCCAACCACAAUCACAUCUGGAAGUACUAUAAGGUCUGUUCCCCCUCCUACUAGAGUUACGACCACCAUGUCAUCCACAGGUGUACAGAGCACUAUACCUAGCAGUACCGGUACCACUGUGACCGCUCCUGUGCCAGAAAGCACAGCCACCACCAUCCUCACACCUGCACAGACCACCGCAGCUACCAGCAGCUCUGCCACUCCCAAGAUUUCUCCUAUUCUGACAGGACAUCCAACCACCAUCGCAACCAGUCCUAACAACAGUGCCAGCACUACCAAAACAUCACCCUCUGGGACAGAAUUCACUAUCCGUACAUCUACCAGGUCACCACCCAGCUCUUCAACUAUAGUCACUCCUACUGCAGUCUCCACUAUAGUAACACAGACUAUAGCACAGUCCCCUACUUCAAGUCAUUCUGCUGGUACUUCACAGCCAAGCCUCACUACAAGCACUUCUGCAGUCUCCAGUUCUUCCCCCACCACACCUUCCACAACAGAAGCAAGUGGAACAACUCCCUGUUUUUGCCACGUGCUUGGUGGUUUGUUUUCUCCCGGUAAGCUUCUUGCUUAAUGGUUAUAAUCAUUUUCAUAAGCAGUGUUAUCCCUUAAUAAUGUAUUAAAUUAAAGAUAAUCCAUCAAAAUCAUCUUAAAUAGAAUAAUUGCUUUAACAGAGUAAUAUAAUUCAUGUUUUCACAAUAUUUUGUGUUGUUUGGGUUUUUUCUUCGUAUUUUCAUUGGUCUUUUCUUUCAUUUUUUCUCUACAGGUGAAGUUGUAUACAACAGAACAGAUAAGGCUGGAUGUAAUUUUUAUGCGCUUUGCAGCAACGAAUGUGAAAUUGCUCCAUUUCAGGGGCCAUGUCCCACAACAACUCCUUUAACUUCAGCGUUCUCAGAGACUACAACACAAGCCUCCUCAUCCACAGCAACAUCCCUCACAACUUUACUAGAAAGAAACUGUACUGAUGUCAGUCCUCCACGAAAGGUGAUUCCCUUCAUUAUUUUAAUGUAUUACCAUUGCAAAAACAGCCCAACUUCUAUUCUCUAUCUUCAAUUCAAAUCAACUUGCAUGUAUUUCAAUAACAAAGUUGGUCAUGGAAGAAUAUCCUGAUAAAACAUAAUUCAAACCUUGCACCAUCAGGCUUUUAAUGCAUCUAGAGAUAGAAAAGUCCAUUAAUACCAUAGAAGAGACUUUUUAAGAAUAUUCAUAAAAAUAAGUGAACUAGGUAUGAAAAUGUUACAAUGUUUUUUUUUU